CGCCAAACGGUCGUUACCCGCCCUCGAGCCAUCAUUCGCCAAAGCAGAAAUGGCGGAGUCCAGCCCGAGUUCGAGCCCCAGCAGCAGCGCGUCCCCCUCGCCCAAGUCGAAGGAUGAAGUCGAGAGCGUCCAGGACGAUGCGUCUAUGGACGGAGGCGACUCGGUGGAGGACAAUGACACUGCAGACGACGAAGAUAUGGACGACACUCCGGAGGAAACCAAGAAGACGCUUUUGUCCAAGGAAGAGCGGGAGGCGCUGCGUAGAGAGGAAGAGACUGUGCUUCAAGAACAGCGCGAUCGUCAGAGCAAAUCUUUGGACUUAGUCAAGCAGUCUCUGACUCAGGAUGCUGAAUGGGCGGGCAAGUCCGCUAGAGAGAAGAAAAUGGCCUUCCUCAUGGCUCAAUCCGACGUUUUCACGUCCUUCCUCAUGGGUGGCAGUAGUGCUUUGGGUAAGGAAAUGUCCCGCACCAAGGCAGCCAAAGAGGCCGGCUCGAAGCGCGGCAAAGGAAGCAAACAGGCCGACGCUCAGGCGUUGCAGGAUAUGGACGAUGCUCGCUACACGAGAAUCACCCAGCAGCCGUCUAUCAUCAAGUUCGGUACUAUGAAGCCAUACCAACUGGAGGGACUCAACUGGAUGAUCAGACUGCACGAUUCCGGCGUGAACGGCAUCUUGGCAGACGAGAUGGGACUGGGUAAGACCCUGCAGAGUAUCUCUCUUCUGGCCUAUCUGAGAGAGGCUAGAGGCAUCGAAGGACCUCAUAUUAUCAUUGUACCGAAGAGUACAGUGGGCAACUGGAUGAGGGAGCUCAAGAGAUGGUGUCCGUCCAUUAAAGCCUUCAAGUUCAUGGGCAGUAAGGAUGAACGUGCUGUGCAGAAGGAGACAGUCGUGAAGCAGGACUUUGAUGCUCUGGUGCUGUCGUACGAGGUGGCUAUUAUUGAAAAGGCUACAUUGCAGAAGAUCAAGUGGAGAUAUCUGCUCAUUGACGAGGCUCACAGAGUCAAGAACGAGAAUUCCAAGCUCUCCAGAGUCGUGCGUGAGUUCAAAGUGGAGCACAGACUGCUAAUCACCGGAACACCGUUGCAGAACAACCUGCACGAACUGUGGGCGUUGCUGAACUUCUUGUUACCUGAUGUGUUCUCGGAUUCUGAGGAUUUUGACGCCUGGUUCAAUGUAGACGAGCAGGAAGGACAGGAGAACGUGAUUAAGAAGCUGCAUACCAUCUUACGACCAUUUUUACUGCGUCGUCUUAAGGCCGACGUGGAGCACUCGCUGCCUCCGAAGAUCGAGACCAAGCUGUACGUCGGUCUGUCCGAGAUGCAGCGUGAGUGGUACAUGCGCGUACUGCAUCGUGACGCUACGCACCUCAACGCUAUUGGUGGCAGUGACCGUGUGCGUCUGCUUAACAUUUUGAUGCAGUUACGUAAGGUGUGCAACCACCCGUACCUGUUCGAAGGCGCUGAGCCUGGUCCACCGUACCAGGAAGGUCCGCAUCUUUGGGAGAAUUGCGGUAAGAUGACGCUUCUACACAAACUUCUGCCCAAGCUUCGAGCGCAGGGCUCGCGUGUCCUGAUUUUUUGCCAAAUGACGUCCAUGAUGGACAUUCUCGAGGACUACAUGCGCUACUUCGGUCAUGAUUAUUGCCGUCUCGAUGGAUCCACCAAGGGUGAAGACCGUGACAAUAUGAUGGAGGAGUUCAACGCUCCAGGAAGCUCCAAGUUCUGUUUCUUACUGAGUACACGUGCCGGUGGUCUGGGUAUCAACUUGGCCACGGCCGACAUUGUCAUUCUAUUCGAUUCGGACUGGAACCCGCAGGUGGAUCUACAGGCUAUGGAUCGCGCUCAUCGUAUCGGCCAGACAAAGAUUGUGCGUGUCUUUCGAUUCAUCACGGACGGCACAGUGGAAGAGAAGAUCGUGGAGCGUGCUGAACGCAAGCUGUAUCUGGAUGCCGCUAUCAUUCAACAAGGUCGUUUGGCGCAGCAGAACCGUAAGCUUUCCAAGGACGAGCUGAUGACGAUGGUGCGCUUCGGUGCCGACGAGAUCUUCAAUGCUCGUGGAUCUAUGAUUACGGACGAUGAUAUCGACGCCAUUUUGGCUCGUGGUGAAGAGCGCACAGAGGCGAUGAAGGGCAAGAUCGCAGCUGAUAUGCAGCACAACUUGGCCAACUUCUCGUUGUCGGGUGACAAUGGCAACGCCAGCGUCUCUAGUCUUUAUGAAUUCGAAGGCGAGGUGUUCUCGAAGGACACGAACAACGGCGACAUCCUCCCGUCUACCUUCAUCGCUCUCCCUCAGCGUGAACGCAAGUCCAACUACAAUGAAGACGAGUACUACCGUCAACAAGCAGGUCUGUCCAAGCCCAAGAAGCCCAAGAAAUCCGGAUCUGACGCUGCCAAAGUGCCGGUUGUACACGACUACCAGUUCUUCCAGCAUGAGCGUAUGGUGGCUCUACUUACGAAGAAGACACAGGUCGAGAACCGACGGAAGGAGUUGACACGUCUUAUCAAGGAAGCCAAGGCUGACGAGGCUCGAGUUAAGGCGCGCAAGGCCAAGGGAGAAGACUCUGCAGAGAACUCGGCGGAGGAAGGAGAAGGAGAUGACGCGCGGUCUGCUGCGCUUGAGAAGGAGCUUAAUGAGACGGAGAUGGACGCUGCAGAUGCCAAGGAGCUGGAAGAACUCGAGAAGGAGGGCUUUGGAGACUGGACUCGACGGGAUCUGAAGCAGUUUAUCAACAGUUGCGAGCGCUACGGUCGUGCUGACAAGACGCGUGUGUGCGAGGAAGUCUCGUUGGUUCUUGGGAAAGAUCCUGUGCAGGUGGAGAGAUACUACGACACGUUCUGGUCUCGCUACACUGAGCUGAAGGACCACGCCAAGUACAUCGAGAAGAUCGAGCGAGGCGAGAAGCGACUGGAGCGCAAUGAAGUCGUGAAGCAGGCUCUUGCGCGCAAGUGUAGUCGCUACAGCCACCCGCUUCGUGACAUGCGGUUGCACUAUCCUGCUGGCUACAAGAGCAAGGGCUACAUCCUAGAAGAAGACGUUUUCCUGGUGGUCAUGAUGAACAAGUACGGCCCGUUGGAGCACUGGGGGGAGAUCCGCGAUGAGAUCCGCAAGGCCUGGCAGUUCCGCUUCGACUGGUUCUUCAAGUCGCGGACCAUCGGCGAGCUCCAGAAGCGCGGAGAGCUGUUGACACGCAUGAUCGAGCGCGAGAACGACGAGCUGAAGAACAAGAGUAGCAAGGACGAAGACGAUUUGGCUAAGAAGGCCAAGAAGAGCAGUUCGUCUAGUUCGUCCAAGUCUAAGAGCAAGAGCAGCAGUAGCAGCAGCCGCAGCAAGACGAGCUCGUCCAGCUCAAGCAAGAAACGCAGCAGUUCGUCCAAGUCUUCGUCGUCUUCGAAGAAGCAGCGCUCAAGCUAGAGAAUGAGAAGUAGCGAUCGUAACUCCUGUCUAUUUUUCACGAUUUCAACAACCUUUGUUCGUGUUACAAAGUUGAAGUUUUUAACGUUAGCCAUUCAUAGAGCUGGAGGUCUGAUGUUGUCUCGGAAGGAG